UCCUCCUGUCAGAGGAGUCCAGAGCCUGCAGCACAUCCUCAGCCACGAAAAAGCUCCGACUGUGUCAACCUCUGCCGAGUUGGCCUCACACUGCCACAGCUGGAUGGAGGUUUUAGGUGUUCUUUAAGCUGGUGUUUUUUUUUGUUUUGUUUUGUUUUUUUCUUGUCAUUGAGUGUUUCCACACCUGCCCACUGAGAGGAAAAGGAACCAUGAUUGAUCUGAGCCACCUGACCGAGGAGGAGCACGGGGUCAUCAUGACGGUGAUGAGGAGGGAUGCUAAGCUGAAGAAGUGUGAGGAGGAGAGAAUCAGGAAACUGGAGAAACUACUGAACACUGAUUCCGAGUCAGACAGUAAGCUGAAAUACUUGACUGGAGAGUGGUUUUAUGAAGCCAAGUCUCUGCGACACAUGGACACAAUCCAUGGUUCAGAAAUCAUCCUGGCCUCCAUGAAGCAGAGGAAACCUGGUUUAGAUGGAUCUCUCAGAAUUGAAAGAUCAAAGUCACCCAGUACAGCAGGAUCAGACAUCGUCCCUCCACCAAAACCUGCUCGAUGUUGGGACUCACUACAACCAGAGGAGAUAAAUGAUGCAGAAAAAGAAAAUCUGAAUUCAGCAGUCCGCUCUCCCAGAACGCCGAGACACAACCCUUUCAACCGUGCUUCUCUUAUUGUUGUUGAACCACCUGAACAUGCUGAGGACCAGUCAACCAUCAGGGACCAGGAGGCAUCUGCAACAGGCUCAGAGCCUGUAUCUCCAAUGAAGAAUCAACCACCUGGGGACACUAGUCAGACUUCAGGUUCAGACUCUGUGGGCUUCAGGCCUGUGCCCAAGAAGAGGACGUUUGUCUCGAGACGAUCCAGCGCUCAGACAGAGAGUGACAGCCAAGCGUCGGACUCUCAGGGAAGAUCAGCGGGGAUUGUUCCAGCCCCGAGACGGAGCCUCCAGCAGGGAUCGAGUGGAAGCUCUAUCCAUUCCUGCCUGAAGGCUCAAGACGAAUCACCCGCUACAGUGUCUGGUCAAGUAUCCCAAUCCGCUCAGCCGUACAGCUCUGCAGAUGAAACCCUGCAGCAGCCGCUCCAUGAUGCACCUCAAGUUUUGUCGAAGUCCACUGCAGGAAACCCACCUCCUGUAACAAUAAACCGAGCAGCCACAAACAUCGACUCAUCCACUGAUGGAAAAGACAAUCAGACACAAAAGCAGCCUGCAGCCGUGGACAUGGCAACCGCACACAGCAACCGCUUUCAAGAUUCAGAAAAGAUUAGCAGUUUGGGAACAGCAACCCAAGGCAUUGUGGUUGCAGACCCUCCAGAAUCAUAUGAUCUCAACAUCAUUGAUAAGUCUGACCAGCAAAUUCAGCCAAAAUCAAACCACAAGAAUAUAUUCAAACUAUCCACCCAGACCUCCAGUCCCACCGGUGAAGAGGAAGACUCCAUUGCGAAGGUGUUGGACUGGUUCAGCCGCAGCACUGACAGUAGUGAUUUGCUAAAUGAUGAUGACAACCCUGACAGACAAGGUUCACUGAUGAAAGAUACGGAGGAUAUUAUAAGUGAUCGAACGAGGGAAACACUGGAAGUGAAGAGAAGUCACUUACAACGACAGACUAAUGAAGCCAAAGAGUUAAGAGCCGCAGAUAGGCCAGGAAACAAAGACACAGCUCAAACCCAAGCAGAGGCGAAGAAGGAUACCCGAGAGAGAAUACGGCCACAGGAGUUGAAAGAUAAUGACAACGAAGGCCAACCCGCCAAAAUUUCUCACCUGAAGUCGUUCUGGGAAAAAAGCAAUGCGGGUCCUAAAAUUCUUAUCAGCAAAUCAAACACGCCCAGUGACAAAGCGCAGAAGCUCAUUCAACCCUCAGUGGAGAAAGACGAGGAGAUAGCGAGUAAACCCCAGAGAGUGUCUGACGUGCAACCUGCUCUGGGAGUAAACAAUGAAGUUGGGAUGCACAAGUAUGCCUCAAAUAAUGACAAUCUAAUAGAGCAACAGCUGCGAAGUAGUCCACAGAAAGUUACCAAAGACACUUAUGGUAUUCAUUUAAACAAUAACCAACAAGUAGAUGCUGCGAUUGCACCAGGUCACUGGAGCAAACAGCAGAUGUCUGUAGCGCAGGGUAGCGACAAAUCCUACAGUUCAGAUUCUUUAAAAUUAGCAGCCAGUCCACAAGUCGUUUUAGGCUCAAACUCUGAGAUUUUAUGUAUAACAGGUCUGCAGUCAGAGACCUCUGUCCAGUCCAGAACCAGCACCGAGUCUGACAGCAUAUCUGUGAGUAAAUCAAACCUGCAACCUGAUGUUAUUUUCCAAUCUAAAGAAACCACACCACAAGAUGAGCUGAGUAAGAUGAUGCCUGGAUCCCAGCUCAGUGUGGACAGCACAGAGUCUGAGAAGCCCUACCUGUCUAGAAAUAGAGACCACAAGCAAGGUGGAAGUGAGCCAAUGAGCCCUAAGAUACAAGUACAAAGAGGUGAAGACAUUAAGAGGAGGAACAGUGAGGACAGAGGUGUUCAUACAUGUAUGUCUCCGAAAAGAAAAGAGGACAGACAGGCCAUCGCACACCAAGACAGUCUUACAGAAAGGAUGAAGCAGCUCAAGUCUUUCUGGGAGCAGGAAAAGAACAAGCCUGUGUUUUACACUGGAAAGCCAAAAGGCGAUGGGAAACUCACUCCUGGGGCGAGCCAAGCAAAACUACAUAAAAGAUUUACCAAGUCUGAAUUCGACCUGCAAACAAUGGGAAAAGAUUCUGAGAGUGAUGAUGAAAUCACAGGUAGAAAUCAUCAACAUUUCACCGUUCUUCCUUUGAAUCAGAGAAUAGAAAAGAUGUCUCCGAGUCUUGGCCGAGCACAGUUCAACACUCUGCGUGAGUUCUGGGGCGAGGCCGCUUCAGAUUCAAAGGCAUCUUUUGACAAAAAUAAAAGCCCGAAAAGGAAGGAGCCAGUAUGUCUGCAGCCUCAGGAGUUAAAGAACAGCGACCCAGAUUUUUGUCGCAUGUCCUCGCCUGUCGAGAAAACAAGUGGUAAAGUAGCCGUAAUGAAAUCAUCUCCCCCUGUUCGCAAUCGAUCAAAGUCCCCCCACGAGAGGCAGACGGGGCCAAGAGCAGGGGCAGACAGCAAAACCAACUUCUCCAAUAAUAAUAAUAAUAAUUACAUAACAGGUGAGUCUGGCCAGCAAAGAGAAUCCAGAAAGAGUUCAAAGGAUUCUGGUCGAGAAGAGAAACUGACAAAAUCACAAAGCAAUCAGGGAAAGGAGAUCCGAUCUCCUAAGAGCAAGAAGGACAGCUUCAGCAAUUCAAGCAGCCGAGUCCACUCAUUUCGUCGAGCAACUAGCAUGUUUUCUCUGAAUAUUCCUGAUGAAAAAGAUCAAAUCCAACGUCAAAUAGAUGUCAGCCCUGUCCGCUCACAGAGCAGGAAGCAGAGGCAGAACUCUGAAAAGGGUCUGCCAAGGAGAACCGCUGAUGAAACUGAAACUCUGACGCCACGUGCGCGUGCGUUCGUUCCCAGAGACUACAGGCAUUACUUAGGAAUGACAGAUAAGAUGAGCGUCCACACCUCCCUCGCCCCAACUGUACAGGACCAAGGGUCAGAGGGCAAGUCAGGAUAUGAGUACGACCUGAGUGGGCCGGUGAGAGCCAGCACCCCUGUGAGUUCAGAGGACUCCUACACCAGGAAAGGCAACAAGACGUGUCAGCGCCCGAUGUGGGCAAACUACAGCAGCUCAGACACCGGCCAAGAGUCAUCCGUGAGCAGCACAUCUGAAAUCUGGUCCAACACUAGACACAGUUCAACCCGUGAAAUUGAUGACAACCAAAGCCCUGUAAGGAGAGCACUGAGGCGAGCAGAAGCACGACCUAAAAACCUGGCUAAAAGUAUGGAGGACAUCACAGCUACAUCAGCACCACGGCAAGAAAGAAGACCAGACCUGACGACAGACCUCAGAUGCACAAGUGAUGAGUCCUCCAUCCUGUCGCCCUGCCCACCUCUGUAUUUGGAUCCAGACCACCUGAAGAAGAUGAGUAAAUCAGUGCCUUCGUUUCUAGAAAAGGAGGACGCUGACGACUCCACCUGUGAGGACAGUUACCAUAAAGGCAGACUGAUCAUGGGCAGCUCUAUGACCAACCUCACCGGUUCCUCCGGCAUGGCCUCUGCAUCCUCUCUGAGUGGAAGUGUGAUGACCAUGUACAGCGCAGACUUGGAGGUUCAAGGAAACAUCCACUUCUCCAUCCACUACGUGCAGAAGCUCAGAGAGUUUCACAUUUUUGUGGCUCAGUGCCAAGACUUGGCUGCAGUCGACCCAAAAAGGGGCCGCUCCGAUCCGUAUGUAAAAACUUACCUGGUUCCUGAUAAAGCUAAUCUAGGAAAGAGGAAAACAUCCGUAAAAAAGAAGACACUAAACCCAAUUUUCAAUGAAAUUCUCAGAUAUCGGGUUCGCAUGGAGUACCUCAGAACCCAGACUCUCAUUCUCUCUGUUUGGCAUCAUGACACCUUUGGCAGGAAUAGUUUUCUAGGAGAAGUAGAUGUAGACCUCUCCAAGUGGGACUUUGACCACACCCAGAUGAACUACUUAGCUCUAAAAGCCAGGACAACACCCGCUCUGGUGCCCUCAAAUGGUCAAGGAGAGAUGAGACUAGCCAUACGAUUUUUGCCUCAAAUCAGCCACAGUGACGGAUUAGCUAAGGACAAUGCAAACAGCGGAGAGAUUCACAUUUGGGUGAAAGAAUGCAAGAACCUGCCUUUAAUCAGAGCCACCAUUGACCCAUAUGUGAAGUGCUUUGUCCUCCCAGACACAAGCAGAAAGAGUCGCCAGAAGACUCGUGUCCUGCGGCGGACGGUGGACCCGGUGUUUAACCACACGAUGGUGUACGACGGCAUCAGAGAGGCUGACCUAACAGAGGCCUGCGUCGAGCUCACAGUCCUGGACCGAGACAGACUGGGCAGUAACCUGCUGGGGGGCCUGAGGCUCGGAACUGGGACAGGUAGAAGUUAUGGAGCCAUGGUCGACUGGAUGGAUUCAACUCCAUAUGAAGUGGCUCUGUGGGAACGCAUGAUAGCCUCCCCAAAUGAAUGGGUAGAGGAUGUGCUCCCCUUACGAAAACUGAACUCCAAAGCUGCGUUGAAAUAAGCACGCUUCAACCAAAGACAGUUUAUAUGGAAGAAGUAAAAACAGUCGUUGAUAUUUUGCAUUUGAGUGAAUUGGUAGUAAUUGUUGGAAAAAGCUGACUGUGAACGUCUUAUAAAAGAAAAAAAAACACAAAGGAAUGAAGAAUUCAGCAAAAUCGUGUUGUUGUAAUUGUACAACACCCUGCAGUGCCACUUUACAAAGCAAUUUGUCAAAAAAGUGGCCUUGUUGGGACUCCAUAGGAGUUCAAGAAAAGGGGGAUAAUUAAUGUUAAAAAAUAAAAACUGAUGUACACCUCCAGAGAUACUGAGGUGGGUAUAAAUCAAGUAGCUGAGCAUGAAAUAGUGACAGAGGAGAGAAAUGUUUUGGCCUUGCACAAACAAGAACAAAUGUCACUUAGCAGAGAUGUAUGUUUUAACCAUCUGUAUUUUUUGCAAGAGUCACACUAUGAAGAGUAACCUUUAAAAAGGCUAAUAUUAACUCGUAUCAGCAAUAAAAUAACAAGUGUCUCCAGAGAUAAUCAAGAUGUCUGCACAGUUAGAGCUGACUUAGUUUAUCUUACUGUGUUUUAUUUUAUUCACAUGGAAGGAAUGCUUUGGUUUUACAGCUGUACAUAUAUGAAAAAUUUAACUUUUCACCCUUCGCCUUCAUUUUUGUUUAGGAGCACUAAGGUAACAUUCAGGACACUAAAAUCAUGCACACUUUACAGCUUUUCAACUCCUUUAUCUUCUCAAAACCUCUCCUGACUUCCAGCACUUACUUUGACAGUAUUGUUAUAACACCAAGUGAAUUUAACUGCAUAUCUGUUGCACUUAAAUGUAUCAAUCACAAGUGAUAUUAAAGAAAUUAAAUACCAAAAGAGUU